AUGCAAGAGGAUAAAAAUGCUAUAUUUCAAAUGCGUUUUCCACAAAAAUUGUGGUAUUUACUUAAUUUGCGAACUGAGGCAAUCUUAUGGGGUGGUACUGGAAGAACUAUUUUAUUCAAUUACCGAGUUUUGCAUAAUUAUUUGCAAUGCAAUCAAUCUGUCUUUAAAACAACCAAUAUAUCAAGUUUCGUAAGGCAAUUAAAUUUAUAUGGAUUUCGUAAAGUAACUUCUCAUCUACAAGAUCCAUUAUGUAAUUCUAGCAACCCAUAUAUGCAUGAAUAUGUACACGAUUAUUUCCAGUAUGGAAGACCAGAAUUAUUAAAUAAAAUUACUAGGAAAGCUUUGGCUAUGAAGAGAAGUUUUAAACCUAAGGGAUUCUGUGACCAUAUUGAACAAAUGAUAUUUUUGACACCAUUGCAAAAAGCUCGACGUGCUUUGAGGAUGGCAUUAAAAAGAGCAGCCCAGGACAUGAUUUUACAAAAUUCUUCGAAACAAUUUAAAUAUCUCAUUGAUUGGGAAGAUGCACAAGAUGGAUAUUGUGAAGAUGAUGAACACAUAGAGUUGGAUUGGCUGACUCAAAACAAUGAGUCAUCAGAAUGCAUAUUGCCUGCACCAGUCAAUAAUGAAGAAAAUACUAAACAAGUUAAGCCUGAAAGUGUAGGAGAUAAACCUCCAGAUGACAUAAUCAAUUUUAAUGAUGAUUCAUGCCAGCAAAGCGCUGAGAAUUUUCCUGGCCAAUUUCUUAGCAUGCCUGAUCUGGAUCCAGAACCUUCUGGCAGCAAUCCUAGUGUAGAGUUACUGGCUGAGUUUGACAUAGACAAUGAUGCUGACCAGAAUAUUGUGAGAAAAAUCAGUGACAAAGGAAAUUACUGUAGCUCACUGAAUUGUGUGUUACCCUCAAUAAGUAAUGACCAGAUUGAUGAUGUUUCUAUUGCAGAGAACAAUGAAAAUUCAGCUCAUUAUCACAGAGAAUGGGACCAAAUGUUUAGUGACAUCAUGGCCAACAAAGCUCCAAACCAUGAGUGUGGUUCUGAUUUGAAGGAGCUGUAUUCUCAAAUUUCUAAAACUAUUGACUUACUUAAUUCUUAAAAGAAAGCAAUUGUUAUGAACUUAUGCCUUUAUUAAAAAAAAAAAUACACCAUAUUACUUC